AUAUGUUUGAAAACCGUCCUGUUUUAUUGGUUCAUUGGAUAUAAAAAUACGUGGCAAUUAAAACUAUAUCAGAAGCGACGUGAAAUGGUACUCAGGUAAUGGACAAACACCUCGCCAUGAUUCCAUUUGCACUGUCCAGCAAGUCGGUCUAUUAUUGGCUGUGCUUUUUUCUCACAGUUACCAUAGUACGACCAGCACAUACAAAAGAAUGUCGUUCACAGCUUGGUAUGGAGUUCAGCAAAAUUCCAGAUCAUAGGAUCACAGCUAGCUCUUCAUAUGAAGUCAAGUCAGUGGGACCACAGAAUGCACGAAUUCGCCAAGAGAAGAACGGAGGUGCGUGGUGCCCAAAAGCACAAAUAAGCAGUGAAGUUAGAGAAUAUCUAGAGAUUGACCUGGACGAAGACCAUUUGGUCACGUGGACAGAGACGCAAGGCCGAUGGGGCAACGGCCAGGGACAAGAGUUCACCGAGGCUUUCACCGUCGAGUACUGGAGAAGAUCUAUUGGCCGAUGGGUGGAAUACAAAGACUCAAAAGAAAGCAGGGUAUUACCAGGCAAUGUAAAUACUUAUUUGUCAGUCAAUCAAGAAUUGGAACUACCAUUCGUGGCGAGUAGAAUACGUUUCGUGCCCUUUAGCACACAUCCUAGAACCGUGUGCAUGCGUGUGGAGAUCUAUGGGUGUCCGUGGGAACGCAAGAGAUGGGUCGGCUGGUCAAACGAUUCAGUCGGCAAUAAGUUGGAUUUGGUGUUUGAGUUCAACGGAUUCCGCAUGUUCAAAGAAGUAAAAAUACACAGCAGUCAUAUACCGACCAGAGACGUAAAG